GCAAAAGGUGUUUCAUAAAUUUAGUGUUUUUUUCAUAAAUUGUAUAUGAAAAUGCCUAAAUAUAUAUAUUCGGAGUAUUGUUUUAAGAUAUGUAUUAUUUGUGCCGUUAUCAAUUGCGUAAGCCUAUCAAAAGCCAGUGUCAUAUACUCUAACUGUGAUCAGCUUUCUUGGAGAGUAUCAAUGAACACAUGCCUACACGCAGGCGGCACGCCGGUCAGUGAAGAUGUAUACAGCUCUUACAAUGUGCUUCUGUCAAGUCGACAACGCGUCUGGACGUCUGACUAUACUGUUGGAACUAAACUUUAUACAAAUCGGACCGCUGAACUAUGUGGUGUCCGUACCUACAAUUCGUCUACUCAGACUCUUAGCGAGGAGUUUUUUUGGAACUGUGAUAGCCAUUUCCUGUACAGAUGCUGUUCUUCAGACAAAGGUCAUUCUGGUGGCAAUGUUGGACCCGGGUGUAUUCGUAAUGGAACAUGGGAAAAAGCUGUGACUUGCUCUGGUCAAAGAUACACAGCCGGUACCCAAGACGGCACAUAUUGGACAGGAGCGACUUUACAAACUACUCAGCAGCAAGUCCAAACAAAGUCAGACCUGCCAGGUGAAGGAACCCAAAUUUACAACUGUGGAUUCAUAAACACAGACGGGAAGUUUACACGAACUACGAGUUGUUAUCAAAAUAUGUCUUCACUGUGUAGUUUUGGCAAUUUUACAGACCAUUCAUCGCAUCAUAUGUCAGUUUGCAACUUUACGAAAACGGAGAAUGUUACUCGGCAAGACAACAGUCAGUCUAAGGCAAAACAAUCUGAUUCGAAAAUGGUGAUAGGCGUGGCUGUCGGUGUGGGUGUCUCUGUCGCUUUAGCUGUUGUUAUCAUUGGCCUGAUAUUCAUGCGAAGGAGAGGUAUGAUCUGUCGACCACCUACAAAAGAUACGCAAGCGCAUAAUAAUGCAGCAUACGGGGUCACAAAUGGAGACAUAUCGAUUUCUUUACCUGCAUUGUCUACCAAUGAUAAUGCGCAUUAUGAUAAUGGAGAAGACAAUAGCCAAUUUCAUGGAAAUGGGUCAGAACAUCAUAUCAAUGCGAAAACAAAUACGGCAUUUCCAGACAACAGCAGUCAACAUAAACAUGGUCAAAAUGGUGCUAUUGAAAACGACAUUCAAACAGAAAAUAACGGAACAGCUUCGGCUAACCAAGAUGACAAACACCGGCGUCAGCAGGAGUCCGAGCAAGCAAAUAGAGUGUAUAGUCGAUUCAAGAAACACAUCCGUAAAGGCAAAGGGAAUGAUUCCAUGGCGACAGACGGUAAGAAAAAGAUACGGGCUCGUACUGCAUGUGAUUCGCAACGUACCACUCAAGGACUAACAACAAACGAAUAUGGCAUCGCUUGUUUCAAGGACUCUACAAAACUGGUUCAACAAAAUGAUUAUGAUUAUCUUCACGAAGAUACUGAUGAGUACAAUACAACAAGUAUAAGUAACCUACACUUGCAUCCUGGCAGCGAGUACAAUACCAUUGAAAGGCGUGAUGAUUACUCUGUUGCCAACUUUGGUGGGAAUAAAACAUCACAAGUGACUAUAAAUGAGGCAAAUGAUGACGUUUAUAAUACACUGUCAACCAAUAAAGAAGACUACAAUACCGUCAACUUGCACCGAGACAACGUUCCAAACACAGCAUUGCAUUCAGAUGAGACUUACAAUACACUCCAUCAUGAGACAGAAGACUAUAACAUUGUUGACUUGAAGGGAGAAACCAAUGCCCACGUAAAAAUACUUCAUGAUGACACUUAUAAUACUCUUGGACGAGGGAGAGAAGAGUAUAACACUGUAGAUUUCCAUAAAAAUACCGAGGCCAACAAAUCCGACGACUGCUAUGACCAUCUCCAUUGAAUAUGACUUGUUUACGUUUUAACAGACACUGUUGCGCUCGUUUUAUGUUUUAUUUAUACUAUACCAAUCUA